AUGCAAAAGUCGCUUUUCAAUUUGUUCAUCAUUGUGAGCAUCUUUGGAUGUAUGGUCGAAGCAAGCAUCGACAAUAAAUCACCGGGAAGUAGCAUUUGUCCACCCGAUUGCACGGGAAUCCCUCCAAACUGUCGUUGUGGUCCGACGUUUUGCCCAAUCGGCUGUAGUGGAAUUCCCCCGAAUUGCAAAUGUGGGCCGACUUUUUGCCCCGUUGGUUGCACGGGAAUCCCACCGGACUGUCGAUGCAAA